UUUCAUUUCACAUGCCAAACUUCAAACACACGAGAUUUACACUUAACCUAAAAUUUUCUAUCAACUUCGCAAAUAUUUUUCAUUAAAAUGGGAAAAUUAGAUGUUACAAUAUUGAGAUAUUUAACGUACGAUGAUUUUCGAGUAUUAACAGCGGUUGAAAUGGGUAUGAAGAAUCACGAACUUGUACCAGGAUCGUUGGUUGUAUCAAUUGCAAAUUUAAAACAUGGUGGUGUUCAUAAAUUAUUAAUGGAUUUAUGUAAGAAACGUUUAUUGAGCUACGAACGUGGAAAACAUUAUGAUGGAUACAGAUUAACAAAUUCAGGGUACGAUUACCUUGCACUAAAAGCGUUAACAGCACGUGAUGUAGUUUCAACAUUUGGUAAUCAAAUCGGUGUUGGAAAAGAAAGUAAUAUUUACACAGUUGGUGAUCCAGAUGGCAACACAUUAUGUUUAAAACUACAUAGAUUAGGACGUACAUGUUUUAGAAAUAUCAAAGACAAAAGAGAUUAUCAUCAACAUAGGCACAAAGCAUCAUGGUUAUAUCUAUCACGUAUUUCAGCAACUAAAGAAUUUGCGUACAUGAAAGCAUUACAUGAAAGAGGAUUUCCAGUUCCAAAACCAAUUGAUUUUAACAGGCAUUGUGUGAUUAUGGAAUUAAUUGAGGGUGCUCCAUUGAUUAAUGUUGCUGAAGUUGAUAAUGUUGAAGAUCUGUACGAUGAAUUAAUGAAUUUAGUUGUUCGCUUAGCUGAUUGUGGUGUUAUUCAUGGCGAUUUUAAUGAAUUCAAUAUUAUGUUAACCAAUGAGGGAAAACCAAUUAUCAUUGACUUUCCACAAAUGAUUUCAACUAGCCAUGCCAAUGCUGAAAUGUAUUUUAAUCGAGAUGUAAAUUGCAUCAGAGAAUACUUUAAAAGACGAUACAAUUAUGAGAGUGAACUAGCACCACAAUUUCAAGACAUCAGUCGCUCAGAUAAUUUAGAUGUAGAAAUUGCUUGCAGUGGAUUUACAAAAGAUAUGAAUUUUAUUGAUGAUGAUGAAAUUUUAUUAGAUAAAACAAAUGAAUGUGAAACAACAAAUGAUGAUUCAAGUGAUGAAGAUCAAAAAGAAAUUAUCGACAAUAAAAAAGAUGUUACUAGCACUAAUAUUCAAGAAUAUAGUAAUUUAAUUAAACAGCUGUCAAUAAACCAUAAAGAAUCGCAUGCUAAUAACGAGGAUGAUUGCGAAUCAUUUAAAUCAUGUAGUUCAGAUGCUGAAUAUAUAGACGAUGCGAAAAGUGUUCGUAGUGUAUCGACAACAGCUACCAUUGCUCCAGAAGUAAUUAAAAACAGAAUUAAAAAAUCAUUAGUACAACGUGAUCGUAAGAGUAGAAAACCAGUUGUAAAAGGCGAAGCUAGUGCUGUUACUCGUUCACGUCGUGCAAAUAAAGAUACGAUUAAACAGUCGACUGGUAUCUGGGGAUGGGAAUAAUUUUUAUUAAUAUUAUAUUUUAUCCAUUCAUAGAAUUUCGUUUUUCUUCGCGAAAAUGAGAAGAAUUCCGUGUAUUUUAUGUAUUGAAUUAAUGAGAUUUAUAAAGUGUUAUUGUAUAAGUAUUUCUAAAAAAAAAUAUUUCAAAUAAAAUGUUAGUUUUAUUAAGAAA